AUGGCACUUCUUUUACUUGUGGUUGCCAUCAUAGGUACGCUAGGCAAAUCAUGGAUGAUUGCACUCGAGAUCGAGCUUUUCAUCAUCGCCAUCUCGACUUCUUCCUUGCAGUCAGCCGCGUGGGCCGCAUAA